AAAGCACGUUAGGCAUUUAAGAUUUCUAUGCUGAAAUGCAAAGUUUAAGUGAAAAAGUGAAGAUUGUGAAAAAUUCUAGUACUCCAAGCCGACACCUGGUGGCUACCGCUGAGCUUUCGCCUGGCGAUGUUAUAUUGGAGGAGCAGCCGCUGCUUGUGGCGCCCUUCUGGGAGUGUGAACAGAUGAAGUGCAGUCAAUGUCUGCAGGACUCCUUCGUAAUGUGCAAGAAAUGCGAGUUCUUUCCGCUUUGCAUCGAUUGCACCACACACAAUACCUACGACUGUGAUUUCUUCUGCGAGGGCGCUGCCGGCGCUGAGAUUUCCAAAAAUCUGCUCGUAGAAAAUUACGCCAUUUUCGGCGUGCUCAAAUUACUGUUACUCAUGGAGAAUCCAGCUUGUAGCGAACAGUGCGCAGCGUUGAGCGCGACACCAGGCGCCAACGUGGUCGAUAGCGAGGCGUGGCAGGAGCAAGAUUUGCAAAUCGUCACACCGUUACUACAGUCGGGCAUAGCGCAUGCCUUCAAGCGCGUCAAGGUCACGCACGAAUUAUUGCACACACUUUGUUGGCGCAUCGACGCCAACGCUUUCGAAGUGACCGCUAGCGACGGCAACACCUUGAAAGGGGUGUACGUGUGCGGCGCACAACUACCGCACAACUGUGUACCCAAUACGGUCGUCACCUUCGACGAAUCCUUUCGUUUGAUAUUGUACGCAUCGGUGCGUAUACGUGCCGGCGACAUCAUCUACAACACAUAUACAAAUCCACUAAUGGGCACCAGUCAGCGACAGCAUGAACUGCGCUUGACGAAGGGCAUCGAAUGCGCGUGUGCGCGCUGCAGUGAUCCACUGGAGCUCGGCACACACAUGAGCUCGCUGAAGUGUUCGAAAUGUGCGAACGGCUUUGUGGUGUGCCUGGCGCCCAUGCGAGACGGUAAGGGUGGUGAUGAAUGGAAAUGCACCAACUGUGCGGCUACGAUGGCGACGGAUAUGGUAAAACAAUUGCUGGUCGAUGUCGGCGAGUCUAUGUUGGAGGCCAACAGUGAGCUGUUGGCAUAUGAAAGCUUGCUGGCGAAGUACAGCGCACAUUUUCAUCAAAACCAUUUUGUCUUGGUGGAGAUCAAACAGAAUAUUGCAUCCAUAUUGCGGGCCGUACUCAUGAAUCCCAUGUGUAUACCGGGUAAAGACUUGUUGGAGCGCAAAUUGGAGUUGUGCGAGGAAAUUUUGCCCUUGGUGCGUGCAGUGCUGCCGGGUGUCUCUAAGUUGUAUGGCAUUGCGUUGUAUGAAUACCUGUUAUCUUAUAUGGAACACGCUGAGUUGAUUUUUGAGGACAAGGAGGCGGAAAAUGCAGCACUGAUUUUUCAGGAAAAAUUGGAAGACGCACGUGACAUCGCAGCAAAAGCUAAAGAGAUGCUACGUUUCGAACCAAGCAAUUCGCCGGAAGGACAUUUAGUGAGCCGUAUAGCCAUGGAGCAAAAACGUAUCGAGGAGAAUUUAAGACAGCUUAGUUCCAAGCGCAGUGGCGCCUGAAAUAUUACGUAGUAUUUAAAAAAUAUGCUAGAAUUGAUAAACAAUAUAGUUUUCGGGCAUACAA